UUGCAUAUCAUGAACCUCAGUCAUUAUAGAGCAAGCAAAGAUUGUCUUUCACAGAGCCAUGGGUGUAGUGAAGUUUUUGUGUAUAAUUUUAUUUUUUGCUUCAAACAAUGAAGCGGCUAGGAUUCUCGCAUACUUUCCAACUCCUUCUAUCAGUCAUCAAGUAGUAUUCAGACCGUUGCUGCAGGAGUUAGCCAAACAUGGUCACGAGUUAAUCGUCAUCACUACCGAUCCAGCAUUCCCCAAAGGUCAAACACCGGCAAACUACACAGAAAUUGACGUACACGAUUUAUCGUACAAGGCUUGGAAAGAACACUUUUUGGCAAUCACAAGUAAGGGCAGUAAAGAUUCAUUUAGCCAAAUAAAGGUUGCUUUUCACUUAAUUGCAAGAAUUUUCAAAGAGCAAAUGCAAAGUGAUGAAGUUCAAGCAGUUCUUAAAGACACGAAUAAAAAGUUCGAUUUGCUACUUGUUGAAGCCUUAGCAAAACCAGCCUUAUCAUUGACACAUGUACUGAAAGCACCUCUAAUACAAAUUAGUUCCUUAGGUGGAACCAAUGAUAACUAUGAAGUAGCCGGUGCGCCACUACAUCCAAUUUUGUAUCCAACAUUUUUUCGUCAAAAAUUAUACAAUCUUACGUUUUGGGAAAAGGCUAGGGAAUUGUAUAAUCACUACAAGUACCUGGGCUGGUUCAAUCGUUUCGAAGCAUAUGAGAAUGAAUUGAUCAGGAAAGUAUUUGGUGCCGAAGUUCCAGAUUUGUCCGAAUUGGCUGAAAAUGUGGAUAUGAUAUUCCUCAAUGUGAACCCGAUUUGGGAAGACAAUCGUCCCUUGCCUCCCAAUGUGAUUACAAUGGGUGGACUGCAUCAGGCACCUAUGAAGAAACUACCUCAGGAGCUGAAGUCUUACCUGGAUAACUCCACUAAUGGCGUAAUUUACAUCAGUUUCGGAACAAAUGUGGAUCCAUCACAAAUGCCACCGGAGAAGAUUCAAAUUUUAGUGAAAGUACUAUCACAAUUACCCUACAAUGUUCUUUGGAAAUGGAACAAAGACGAGCUGGAGGGACGAUCGGAAAAUAUUAAAAUAUCCAAAUGGUUCCCGCAAUCUGAUCUCUUGAGACAUCCAAACGUGAAACUCUUCAUCACCCAAGGAGGAUUGCAGUCUACAGACGAAGCCAUAACAGCCGGUGUACCUCUUAUCGGUAUUCCAAUGCUGGGUGACCAAUGGUUCAACGUCGAGAAGUAUACCUACCAUAAAAUUGGCAAGCGGCUUGACAUCGACACUCUCACCGAGGAUGAAUUCCGUGAUGCUGUCCAUGCUGUCAUCGGAGACAAAAGCUAUCGCGAGAACAUGAUUCGUCUCAGGACGUUGAUGAGAGACCAGCCCCAGACCCCGCUGGAGCGAGCCGUGUGGUGGACGGAGUACGUCAUUAGGCACGGAGGCGCGAGGCACCUGCGCUCCCCAGCUGCCAACAUCACCUGGGCGGAGUACCUGGAACUCAAAUUCGUAGCAGCUCUUCUAGCUCUCGCAAUGUCCUUUGUUACUGUCGCCGUUCUUGUGAUUUACUACAUAGCCAAAUUCCUGAGGAAAUACAUAGUCGACGCUAAAAUGAAAACUAGCUAACUUUCUUCCGCGUAUAUUGAAUGCUUUAUUUAAUGGAUCUAUUGUUUAAUGGCUUCUAUAAGCGUAGCUUACUUUGUAAAGCUUAUCUGGAAAUUACAUAGAGCAACACGGAAGGGAGUAGCCAUAGCGACAUAAUACUAUCCAAAUCAUUCUGGCAUUUUUGCGGGGGAGGGGGGGAUAUGCACACAAAUGCAGUUUAACGUACAUGGGUAAGAAACAGAACUGUAACUACAACAUUCACACAUAAACAAUGUCACAAUGCACCGCCAAAUCGUGCAAUACAUAUAUCACGAGUAUGCCCAAUGCGACAGAGGGGCAAGCUCCUAGGGAGAGGGGAAGAUUCCUACUCCCCUCCUGGCCAUGUCGAUCGUGUUGUUCUAUGGGAAUCUACGAUGAUGUUUUAUGAUUUGUCGAUAAAAUAGUAAUUCGAUUAUGUUUUUAGUUUUUAAGGAAAUAUUUUUUGAGGCACCGCAUGGAAUUCGUGAUAAAAUUUAUUUCCUGUCAGUUGUUUGGUUUAGUAUUAUUUAUUUUGUUGUGUACUAAUAAAAGUAUUUUAAGUUA